CCUGGUGGACAUCAGGAAUAUUUUUCUGUAGGUUUAAUAAAUAAUAAGCAAAUAAAAGUAUUGAAUAAAAAAUAAUAUAUGUAAAAAAAAAUGUGAAAUCUAUUGAGUAAUUUCGAGAGUGAGUUCAUCAUCAUCAACUAUAUUACUGAUGAUAUUAUACUCAAUCAAGUAGUUAAAAAUUAAAACCCUACAUGCUUAUGAAUCGAAAAAGUUUAGUCUUCAAUCUUUACUUUUUUACUUUUCAUGUGAUAGUUAAAUAAUUUUUCACCUCUCUGCCACUCCUUGCUCCAAUAUGUGAUUGCUGUUUAUUUGUGAUAGUGAUGUAAACUUUCUUUUUUAUUUUUAGUGCAAGAAAAUAAGAAUUCCAUUGAUUACACCUAAUAAAAUUAGUUUAUAUCAUGUCGGAAAAAUCACGAAAAACUGUGACUCGAUUUCAUUCAAGUCAUGGUGAAAAUAUAAUACUUUGUGAUGAUAAUACAGUAGCUUAUCGUAAACAAAGUUUUGCUAAUGCAAUAACAUUUAGUGAAAAACCUUUACUACCCGGUGAAAUUUUUCUUUUGGAAAUAGAAAAAUAUGAACGAGGAUGGAGUGGUCAUAUGAGGCUAGGCCUAACCCAAAUUGAUCCUGUAACAGCUGAUAAAAAAGGCUUACCUCAAUAUGCAUUACCCAAUUUAGUAAAUAUGGGCUCUAGUUGGGUAUUUGCAAUAACUCAAAGUCAUAAUAUUUACUUUAGUGUCAGUGAAGGUGAUACAAAUCCUCAUACUGAAAAUAAAUUAAUUACUGAUGGCAUUACUGUACAGACUUCACGGGGUAUCAUUCCUUACACGGCGUUAAAACCAAACACAAUUGGUUCAUGCCAAAAUCUUUUGCCGACAGAAACUGGUAGUCGUAUUGGUGUUAUGUAUGUACCACAACGUGGUACUGAUUUAGCAGAAAUGCAUUUUAUUAUUAAUGGAGUGGAUCAAGGUGUAUGUGGAAAAGACAUUCCUUAUAAAGAAAAACCAAUACAUGCAGUUGUUGAUGUUUAUGGUACAACAAAACAAGUCAGAAUUAUCCAACUCUAUGCUGUUUCUACGUUACAAAGUGCUUGUCGGGACGCUAUUUUACAAUAUACAAAAGAAAACGCGGUCAAUUUGUUACCACUACCACAAAUGCUUAAAGACUUUUUACUUUAUCAAUGAUAAUAAUUUUGAAACGAAUGUUUCAUUGUAAUAUUUUUUUUUCUUUUUUAUAAUAAGUUAAGAUAUUUCGAUUUAAUGAUAAAAUCAG